GACUCGGCAAUUUUGAUCUCAAUCCUGGAGGAGCUGGAGGGGUACGUGCGCGAGCAUCCGUCGUGGAGGGGAGCAGGGAGGGAAGAGAUAGAGGCAGCAAGUGAAGCUGUGGAGAAGCUUGUGACUGUGAAGCUGUACCACAAGCUGUUCGCUGUGGUCGAGCAAGACAAGCUGCUAGACCAGGAGCUGCAGACGAGGAUCUUUUGCCUACAGUUUCUUCAGCCCUGCCACCUUGACAUCAGCAAUGACUGCAUCGAGCGAGGAGGGAAAUCUCUAGAGGUUGCAAAGUUGGAGCUGCAGCGGAUGAACGCGUACAAGUCGCCCAAGGACAAGCUGGUGUGCCUGUACAACUGCUGCAAGGUUGCAAGCCAACUGCUAGCGACAACGAGCAGCGAGAGUGCGACAGGAGCCGACGAGCUUCUUCCACUCUUGAUCUACAUCAUCAUCCUCUCCAACCCUCCUUCUCUUCACUCAAACCUGCAGUUCAUCUACCACUACCGCCAUCCCUCGCGCUUGCUCGGCGAGCAAGGAUACUGCCUCACCAACAUCAUGUCUGCCGAGACUUUCUUGCUGCAGGUGCUUGCUUCCUCC